AUGGCUCCCAAUCAUCGAGCUUCGUCUACCGGUAGCUUCAUCGAAAGCAUCCAAGCUGCCCGGAAGCAGCUGGACAACAUGGCACUGAGCACUCCUGAUUCCUCGCUUGAUGGCUCUGACGCAUCAUCUCCCGGCGGCUCCGCUGGCUCCUCUGCGCUCGGUAGCCCUGCUAGUGCUCUAUCACCCGUCACACCUUCGAUAAGUGUCGACGCGCCCGUAGCCGACAGCUUCGCUUUCGCUUUCGACAUAGACGGUGUUCUGAUCCGCGGCGGCCGCGCCAUUCCCGAGGCUGUUGAGGCUAUGAAGGUGCUCAACGGGGACAACGAGUACGGCAUUCAGAUCCCAUACAUCUUCCUCACUAAUGGAGGGGGUAAGACCGAAGAGGAGAGAUGCGGCGACCUCUCAAAACAGAUGGAGAUCGAUAUCUCCCCCGCGCAAUUCAUUUGUGGCCAUACUCCCAUGAGGGAAAUGGCCGAUCGAUUCAAGACUGUCUUGGUUGUGGGCGGAGAAGGCGAGAAGUGUCGUCAAGUCGCUGAGGGCUACGGGUUCAAGGAUGUCAUCACCCCCGGCGACAUCAUCAAGCACAACUCGGCCACAACACCUUUCCGCAAGCUCACGGCAGAAGAACUCAAGAACUCUCGCGAGCGUGACUUCACCGACGUUACCAUCGGUGCUGUCUUCGUUUUUGCAGAUUCCCGCGACUGGGCGGGUGACAUUCAGAUUAUGCUCGACGUGGCAAUGUCCAAGGGUGGCAAGAUGGGCACACUGAGUGAGACCAUGGACGAAGGUCCGCCAAUCUACUUCUCCCACAACGACGUCGUCUGGUCUGCGGCCCAUGACAAUGUGCGUCUCGGCAUGGGUGCUCUUCGCCGCAUGCUCGAGGUCGCCUUCAAGGACGUGACCAAGAAGAAGGGCAAGUUGCACACCCACGCUUUCGGCAAGCCUCAGGUCAGCACUUUUGAGUUUGCGACGAGGCUUUUACAGCAGUGGAGGCGCCAACAGCACGGCCUCGACGCACCACCCGACACGGUUUACUUCGUCGGUGACACUCCCGAGUCCGAUAUCCGCGGCACCAAUCUCUAUAACGAGCAUGCGGACAACGAGUGGCACAGCAUCCUGGUCAAGACUGGCGUCUACCAAGAUGGUACCGAGCCGGCUUACAAGCCAAAAGCCACCGUCCCGACUGUUUUGGAUGCCGUCCGCUAUGGUAUCCAGCGUGAAAUCCGCAAGCGGGUUGUCACCUCCCUUCGGAAGGAUAUUCUGGGCGAAGCGGAUUGCCUUCGCGCCAUGCAGGAGAAGGAUAGCGCGGUGUUGACUCCCCUCGAGGAACGUUCUCAGCCCAUAUUGGGUUGA